AGUUCGGCCUGGCGGCUGUGCAUACUGGGAGUAGAAGUUUUGGGAAGAGCGGCGCGUUCCCGGCGUGCAAUGCGGGAGGCUGCGGCCGCCCUGGAAGAGCUGGGAAAGACUCGGGAAGCGGGAGGAGCGGCUGCUAAGGUGCGGCCGCCCUGGAGAUCGAGCGUGGCGGACGAUGACAGUGUUUUCUGCAGAGUCCUUCUCCGGUCCCCCGUCCCUGAAGCUUUCCUGAAGCAUCUCCUGGAGGAGCCGCCCCCAGUUUGGCUGAUCGAUGCUUCAAGGAACGAUGGCUGAUAUUAGCUUCAAAGAAGUGACGUUGCUCGUCAGUGUGGUCGCUGCCUGCUACUGGAACAGUCUGUUCUGUGGCUUUGUUUUUGAUGAUGUUUCAGCAAUACUGGACAAUAAAGACCUGCAUCCAUCUACACCUUUGAAAACUUUAUUUCAGAAUGACUUCUGGGGAACUCCUAUGUCUGAGGAGAGAAGCCACAAGUCAUACAGGCCCUUAACAGUGUUGACAUUUCGCUUAAAUUAUCUCCUCAGUGAGCUAAAGCCCAUGUCCUACCACCUCCUGAAUACAGUGUUCCAUGCUGUCGUCAGUGUGAUCUUUCUUAAGGUCUGCAGACUUUUUCUGGAUAAGAGGAGCAGCGUGAUUGCUGCUCUGCUCUUUGCAGUGCACCCCAUCCAUACAGAAGCAGUCACAGGUGUUGUAGGAAGAGCUGAACUCUUAUCAUCUGUCUUCUUCCUAGCUGCAUUUCUCUCGUAUACUAAAUCAAAAGGACCAGAUAAUUCCAUAGUGUGGACCCCAAUUGCAUUGACAGUGCUUUUAGUGGCUGUUGCAACGUUGUGUAAAGAACAAGGAAUAACAGUUGUCGGAAUUUGUUGUGUAUAUGAAGUAUUUGUGGCCCAAGGGUACACUUUGCCAUUGUUGUGUACGGUGGCCGGGCAGUUUCUCCGCGGGAAGGGAAGCAUUCCACUUUCUAUGCUGCAGACAUUAAUAAAACUCAUUGUCCUGAUGUUCAGUACCUUACUACUCGUCGUGAUCAGAGUCCAAGUUAUUCAGUCACAACUUCCAGUGUUUACAAGGUUUGAUAAUCCAGCUGCCGUAAGCCCAACCCCCACACGACAGCUGACUUUCAACUACCUCCUUCCUGUGAAUGCUUGGCUUCUGCUGAAUCCUUCCGAGCUCUGCUGUGACUGGACCAUGGGAACAAUACCACUGAUAGAAUCAUUUCUAGACAUUCGAAAUCUCGCCACGUUUGCUUUCUUUUGCUUUCUGGGAGCUUUGGGAAUAUUCAGUCUCAGAUACCCUGGUGACUCCUCAAAGACUGUCCUAAUGGCGCUUUGUUUAAUGGCGUUACCAUUUAUUCCUGCAUCAAACCUGUUCUUUCCUGUUGGAUUUGUUGUUGCUGAGCGAGUACUAUAUGUUCCUAGUAUGGGGUUCUGUAUUUUAGUAGCCCAUGGAUGGCAAAAAAUUUCAAACAAAAGUGUACUGAAAAAGCUUUCGUGGGUUUGUCUGUCCAUGGUGAUACUAACCCAUGCCUUGAAAACACUUCAUAGAAAUUGGGACUGGGAGUCAGAAUAUACAUUGUUUAUGUCAGCCUUAAAGGUGAAUAAAAACAAUGCCAAAUUAUGGAAUAAUGUGGGUCAUGCUCUGGAAAAUGAGAAGAACUUUGAGAAAGCUUUGAAAUACUUCUUGCAAGCUACCCAUGUUCAGCCUGAUGACAUUGGUGCCCACAUGAAUGUGGGAAGAACUUACAAAAACUUAAACAGAACUAAAGAAGCUGAAGAAUCUUACAUGUUGGCUAAAUCACUGAUGCCUCAGAUCAUUCCUGGUAAAAAAUAUGCAGCCAGAAUUGCUCCUAAUCACCUAAACGUUUAUAUCAAUUUGGCCAAUCUUAUUCGAGCAAAUGAGUCCCGCCUGGAAGAAGCGGACCAGCUGUACCGACAGGCAAUCAGCAUGAGGCCAGACUUCAAGCAGGCUUACAUUAGCAGAGGAGAAUUGCUUUUAAAAAUGAAUAAGCCUCUCAAAGCAAAGGAAGCAUAUCUUAAAGCACUAGAGCUGGACAGAAAUAAUGCAGAUCUGUGGUACAACUUAGCAAUUGUUUAUAUUGAACUUAAAGAACCAAAUGAAGCUCUGAAGAACUUUAAUCGAGCUUUGGAACUAAACCCCAAGCAUAAGCUAGCACUGUUCAAUUCUGCUAUUUUAAUGCAGGAAUCAGGUGAAGUUAAACUCAGACCUGAAGCUAGAAAACGGCUUCUAAAUUACAUAAAUGAAGAGCCACAAGAUGCUAAUGGCUAUUUCAAUUUGGGGAUGCUUGCCAUGGACGACAAAAAGGAUUCUGAAGCUGAGACUUGGAUGAAGAAAGCUAUCAAACUACAGCCUGACUUCAGAAGUGCUUUGUUUAACCUGGCGCUCCUGUAUUCGCAGACGGCUAAGGAGUUAAAGGCAUUGCCAAUCUUAGAAGAGCUGCUCAGAUACUACCCUGACCAUACCAAGGGUCUCAUUUUAAAAGGAGACAUUCUAAUGAACCAAAAGAAGGAUAUACCUGGAGCUAAAAAAUGUUUUGAAAAGAUACUGGAAAUGGAUCCAACCAAUGUGCAAGGAAAGCACAAUCUGUGUGUUGUGUACUUUGAAGAGAAGGAGUUAUUAAAAGCUGAAAGAUGUCUAGUUGAAACAUUGGCAUUAGCACCUCAUGAGGAAUAUAUUCAACGCCAUUUGAAUAUAGUCAGGGAUAAAAUCUCCUCUUCUGGUAUUGUGGAGCAGCCACUGUCCCCAGUUGAUAAGACUUCAGGUACACAAGAAAGAGAUGAACUCCCUCCAGAGGAUGUAAAAGAAAUCAUCAGUGAAUCCAGACCACCACAAAUCAUAAAAACAAAUGAUAACAGAAACUCUAAAUCCAACAAGCAAUCAACUGAAAAUGCAGACCAAGAUGCCCCUCAUAAAACAACAAAAGACAUCAAAGAGAUUGAGAAGAAAAGAGUUGCUGCUUUGAAAAGGCUAGAAGAAAUUGAACGUAUUUUAAAUGGUGAAUAAUGCUAAUUCUGUAUCAUGUAACAAUGUUUCCAAGACCUUGAGUCUAUAUCAUGUGUUUGCUUAUACUGGAGACUGAAAAAUGUCAAGAAUAUAUACUGACAGGUUUUUCAGAAACUGCAUGAGAUCCUCCACACAGGAUCAAAAUGAGAGUUUCAUUGAAGACCUAUCUGUCCCAGAAUAUAUGUUUUAUAAGAUAGGACACAAAUUUUAAUUUGGGUGACUAAAGGAGAAAUCACAAAUUCUGGGUCACAACUUGAAAUAUUUUUUAUAGAAAGAAAAAGGUGUGGGUUUAUUAUACAAAGGUGGGAAAGUACUGGUAAGUCUUUCUACUAAUCUGAAUUAAAAUAACAUGGGGUAUCAAAGAUGAACCCUUGGAGAUAAGUCCAGAAUGUACUGGGGUUUGUGAAUUCCCAUUUGUUAACUCUUUUUCAUUUUUCUUUACCUCUUCGGAUCCAGGAAUGGACUGAUACUCAUUGAAGACAUUCUUUUUUGCUUCAAUAAUUCUUCUCAUAAACCAAGGGACAUUGUACUGCAAAUGCAUACUCUUUUCUUUAUGUGUUCUUUGAUUGGGAUUUAGAAGGAAUGGUAGAAAAAACAUUUUAAAGUGACUCAUGCAUCACGUAGAUGACAUGUUACCUUAGGAAUGCAUUUUGUCCUUCACUAUAAAAUAAGCAUUAAGCAGGAAAAGUGUUCUACAUCCACACUCCUAGUGGUGCUCACUAAUACUCUAUUCUCUCUUUCACACUGAGAGUGUUCUAACAUAAGCUACAUAACCAUGACUACUCAUUGACACUUGCUCCCCGAAGUCUUCUGCUUCUUGGCUGUAAGCUUUAGACUAACUAAUCUCUUCCUAAGCCACUACACUCAGUUUUGUUUAACUGAAGGCAACACAAUGUGACAUUUACUUUUAAACACUAGAUUCUUCUUAUGGUAUAUAUUUUAUUAAGUAUUUAUUUUAACUACUGAUCUUUCAUAAAAAUUUUAAACUUUUAGUUUAAGUUGUUAGUUCCCUUAAGUUAACUAAUCUCUAAUUAUAUCUUAGAAACCAUAAAUAGGUCACAAGAAGCAUGUUCUGCAUUAAAGACCCAUUCCUUUCAGCUUCCCAGAGGACCUGACAUAGAUUUUUUUUUUUUUUUUAAGAUAAUUUAACUCUAGUUAAAGCCAGUGGGUGUUAGUUCUUGACCCAGGAGAUUUUGGUAACCAUCAAUAGUAUCUUGUUUCAGUUUGUAGAGUGUACCUUUGUGACUUCAGAUAUGGAGUGGAGAAUACCUCAUGUACUAUAACUUGAAGAUGAAGUUACUGUUCUCUCUGUAUAUCUCUUGAAAAGCUUUUGCUGAUAAUCACUACAAUUAGAAUUCUAAGUAGAGGACAGCUCAGUAAGUAAAGUCAAAGGAAACCUUUUACGAUAGCAAACAUAAUAAAAGUUUGAAGUCUAUUUUAGUAAAUUUAUAUAGCUAGUUAAGUGAUUAAGAUAAAUAUUAAUAUCCAAUAAUUUUUUAGAAAAAAAUCUUUAUUAGCACCCAUAAAAAUGUCUGUCACAAAGAAAGUACUCAUACUUGAAUUUUAAUUUAUUAAAAUCAUCCAUCUUGAAUAGCAGUUAUUAAUUAUUUCCAAUCAGUGAUACCCAACUUCAUUUCAUAGUAGAAUCAAUUGGGAGCUUUCCUGAAAUUGAAUCAUGCUUCAGUCUUUCCAAAACCUCUUUGAGUGAUUCUCAUCUAUAAUUAGAGUUUAGGACCACUGCCCUAAAUUAGUUCAGGAAAGGUCUUUUUUUCCCUCUUGUGUUCAAUUUGUACAUUAGUAAUACAACCUAAUUAAGUUUUUAUGGCUUAAAUUCCACUAAGGAAUAUAUUCUGUUGAAAAUAUAAAUAGUAAAUUCUAUCAAGUUUAUGAUCAAAUUAAUAUUUCUUAAGUACAUGAAACUAUGCAGAUGAGAAGAUAUAAUAGAUAUCUCCACAUCCCCAGCUGCCUCAGAGCUGUCAUUUUGAAGAAGUGAGAAUGUAAACAUUUUAAGCCCAGUUUACUAUCUUAUGGUUUAGCACUUUGGAUAUCUGAAUUUUAAAAAAUACAAAAACAAACACAAAACCACAAGAGGCACGAUUGUGUGCAGAUAUAAAAAGAUGGAGGUUUAAUUUUCAACAUUUUACAAAUCUACUUGUUAUAAGUUCUAACAAAGCUUUGACAAUCUUAUGUUUCUCCUUCACCACUCCUCGGAAAGUGGAGUUAAAUUCUAAAUGGCUACUAUAGUUUUUGGUUUUUUCUACUAGCAUUUAAAAUUGGGAGUCUAAUUCUUCUAGUGAGUAGUCCCAUUCACCAACCCUCCUCUUUGUGACUAGGCCUUAUAAUGUUGCUCAAACAGGUCUUGAACUCAGUGGCUCAAGUGAUCCUGUCCCAGCUCCCUGUGUGCCUGGGAAUACUGGCAUGUACAUCCUUGCCCAGUCCCAGCGUGUGAUUUUCUGAUGUCAGUGACAUAGAGAAUAAAAUAACUAGCUCUACCACUUUGUUUAAUGUCUUGUAUACUUUUAUGUAUUUGGUGUAUCAGUUACACAAUUCUAAAUAAACAUCAUGCCUUUCUUUACAUCUGAGUUUUCAACUUCAUGUUAUAGAAUGCUUCAAAGAUGCUUUAAUGAAAACUAUUAAGAAUAUAUAGAUUUAUAUGUCAAUUUAUACUUCAAAAAUCCAUAUAUUUGUCAUAUUUAUUUUUUUAUUUGCAUGGCCAAAUGAUAUUUAAAAUGAGUCCCCCUCUAAAUAUUCAGUAACUGUUAAAAUUCUUGUCACCUAUCCAUAUUAAGGGUUCUUUAAAAAGUAGUUAAAAUUGUAUGCAUUUUUAUAUUGCUAUGCUGCUUGUGUGUAUCACGUUUCUAAAUAUUCAUUAUUAAAUUCUUACUUUUUAAAACUUUCAA